AUGACCCAUGAUGUAAACGGCGUCGGUGCCUCAGAGCCAACACCUCAGGAAACACCAACAGCAUCAUCGGCUUCUACAACAACAAAUGCUUCAUCAUCAACUUCAACAACAAACCAGGAUGAAGUAACUACCUCAGGACUUUGUCCUCCUAGAAAGCAACAGGAUCAGUCUGAUCAAAGACUUCCUGUGACUGUGCUAUCGGGCUUUUUAGGAGCAGGUAAAACCACUCUUUUGAAAUAUGUAUUGAACAAUCAGGAAGGCUAUAAGGUUGCUGUCAUUGUGAAUGACAUGAGUGAGAUUAACAUUGAUGCAAAACUUGUUCAUAUCAACCAUUUGAAGAAUGAUACAAAGGAGCAAAAACUCAUAGAAAUGGCAAACGGGUGUAUUUGUUGUACGCUCAGGGAGGACUUGCUGCAAGAAAUUGCUAAAUUAGCUAACGAGAAAAAGUUUGAUUACUUGAUUAUAGAAUCGAGUGGUAUAAGUGAGCCUUUACCCGUUGCUGAGACAUUUACAUUUUCUGUUGAUGAUUUCCUCAAUUACGUCCAACAAACUAAACUGAAGGAGGAAAAGGGAUCUAAUCAAAGCGAAACUACUCCUAUCAAAAACGUUACCCUUAAAAAUCUUGCCCGUCUUGAUACCAUGGUCACAGUCGUCGACUCUUAUAACUGGCUUUUAGACUACACCAGCGGCAAAACAUUGAAAGACAAAAAUCUUCAAAAUGAUUCGGAUGAUGACAGACAAGUCGUUGAUUUGCUAGUAGACCAAAUUGAAUUUGCAAACGUUAUUAUUCUCAACAAAAUUGACUUGGUAACAGCUGACGAGUUGGGAUUGUUGGAACAAACGAUUCGUCACUUGAAUCCAAAAGCCAAACUCAUCAAGACAAAAUUCGGAAAAGUUCCACUUGAUUGCAUUUUUCAUACCAACAUGUUUGAUUUCAAUGAAGCUCAACAGUCAGCUGGUUGGCUACAAGAAUUGCAAGGAAAUCAUGUUCCAGAGAGUGUACAAUACGGAAUUACUAGUUUUGCAUAUCGAAGAAGAAGACCAUUCCAUCCAAAACGUCUUUCUGACCAAUUUAUUCACAAUGAGGAAGCUCUUGACGGCGUUUUAAGAAGCAAGGGAUUCUUUUGGCUUUGCACUAAGAUGGAUAUUUAUGGUCUUUGGUCCCAAGCAGGUGAUACUCUAAGAAUUGAAACUGGAGGUAGAUUCUGGGCUAGCAUACCUAAAGAAGAUUGGCCAAAAGAUGACAACAGUCUUGCAAAGAUUUGGGACGAGAAAUGGGGAGAUCGAAGACAAGAGCUUGUUUUCAUUGGAAUGGACAUUUCAGAGAAGGAUAUUUCUGCGAAACUGGAUUCAUGCUUACUCACAGACGAAGAGAUGGCCAUGGAUGAUAAAUGGAAGGACUUUGAAGAUCCAAUUGAAUUGGAUGAAGAAGAAGAGGCUUCUCAUACCCAUACUCAUGGUGAUGCUUGUGCACAUGAUGCAUCUGAUAAUCACGACCAUCAUGACGACACAUCUGAAAAACACACCAUUAUUUUCAAGAAUAAGAGGAAAAUGCACGCUACAACCGAAGAAAAUGGCCAUAAAGAUACAGCACCAGAAGAUGACACAGAUAAAAAGCGAAAGCUUGACCAAGCGUUAGAAAAUGAAUCGCCAUCUACGGAAGCUAAGAAAGUGAAAAAAGACUAG